GACCACCGUUGUGGCCAUCUAGAAAAAUCUUGCCCCCUGGAACCUCCUGCACUCACCACGGCGCUGUCCCCGUCCUGUGCCCAUGGCUUGCAGCAGUCGGUUGUAGUCGUCGUGGAUGCGUGCUGGAGAGGAGGCGGGCCGCUGGAGAGGGGGUGGGCGGCGGCGAGAGGCUGCUGCCUGAGCCGUCUGUCGAUUCCUGUCCGAUCUCAUCUUCAUGGUCGUCACGAGGCUGGAGGUUGCGCCAUUCCCUCUCGCCGCCUCCCUCGCCGGCGCGGCUAGCCUUCGGCCCAUCCUGCGCAUGGCAUCCGAUGGCAGGGCCAACACCGCGGAGGUGGACGAGACGGACGAGCCGACGGUGGCGGUACCAACAACUAUGACGGUGGUCAAGGCGAGGAAGGAGUCCGAGCGGCAGGCGUACCUGCUGCCCGCGGUGAUGUCCAGCCUCGGGAUCACCUCCAUGGCCGCCGCCGCCGUCUACUACCGGUUCGCCUGGCAGUGGCAAAUGGAGGAGGCAAGAUUCCAGCGACGGGAAUGCCGCGGUGAGCACACCUCAGGCACGCACCAACAGAAUCGAUGUGCAUUUUUGGUUAAUAUUUGCUAAUUUGUGGGGAUGGCUCACACAGGCUGGGAUGGAGUAUAUAAAUGUGUAGGAGGCUGAAGCUCCGCCCCUGUUACCAUUGGAUAUGUUUUCAGGUUAUUAGGAAUGACUCUCGCCAAAACCAUGUUGAUUUUCGUACCUUUGCUCUCUUUAUUCUUGCUGUGUUUGGACUGUUCAUAGUCUAGAUAGAUUUUGAAUAGUCGCAGUAGUAGCUGACUCUGCUCGAUGUGUAAGUCGUGCUUGGUUCCUAGCGCUCCUUCUACUUCCCUUUGAGCCCCUGGGGUGUCACCGCUGAAGAUGACUCAGUGGUAUAGCCAUGGUUGAUCUCCUUCUUUAUUUUCAUCUUUCUGUUCAGCACUUGUUUCUACGCUUUGCUGCUGCAGAAAAAUGCUUUUUAGGCUUCAGGUAUUUCAGUAACAAGGGACUGAUAAUAUUAAUCUUGAGAUUUUGGGAUGCUCCUAAUGGAGUUUCGUUUUUUGCGGGGAAACAGAGUUCAAAGUUUAGUUGAUGUGAUUAUUAGAAAAUUUAGUCAAUUCGUUGUUCCAUCUAUGUUUGACCAUCUGGUCUACAAGCCUUUACCUGUACAUAUUGUUUUGAUUGCUAAACUCAAAGUGCUUCUUUGUACUUACCUAGAAGACCCUUUUGACAGCAAAUGAAAUCCAAAUAUGCAAGAUUCCAUGAAUACAUUUAGCUGGAUAUUUGUUAUUCUUUUCAACUAAGAUACACUUUACAGUUUCUCCAUGUAGUGGGAUGCCUGAGAAGUUCAUCAAGUGAUCUUUCCAUGUCAAGACAUGUGUUAUUCUAGAGAUAGUGCAUAAAUAUGCUGAAGAUAGACUUUUUGACAGUUAAGGAUGCACGAGAUUGUACUAGCACUAAAAUUCAGUUUAUAAGAUUCUCUAGACAGUUAAUGAAGCAUGCUUAAUUUGUGUGUGGUGUUGGAAACUAUUGUGUGAUGUAAUGUAUCUUCAAUAGUUUUUCCUGUUAAGGUCGUGAAAACAGGUGAGAGAGCAUCUGGAGGAGACAAAUCAUCUCCUGCAUCAUUCAUUUCUGUUAUACAUGCAAUAGGAUAUUGGCCUGGGUAAUGAAGUUUUCCCCCGUCUUAGGACAUAUGGUUUUUAAGUAGUGUAGCUUGAAAGUAUGUAUUAUCGUUACUAAAUUUAACAUGUAUAAAUCAAUUUCGGUUUGCUAAAUGCCUUCAUAUUGUCGUUACUAAAUUUAACAUAUAUAAAUCAAUUUUGAUUUGCUAAAUGUCUUCAUAGAUAAUCAUUCAGAGCAAUCUCAGUGUUAGACCUCUAUCUAUUUGCCGGUUACAAAGGAUUUGGUUGGAUCAGUUUUAGCUCUGCCACGAUCAGUUCAAAUAAAUCAUGAAAGGUCCUUGAUUUUUUUCCUUUUUCAUGCAUGUUGAUUAGGAUUAUAUAUUAGGUUAGUUGUACGCAUGUUAGGUUCUUGGUUUUAGUUGUCCCCUGCUGCACUCGCAUGUUUACGCUUCACAUUAUUGUAGCUUUCUACAGAUUAUGGAUACAUGCUGUCAAAACAUUGCUAUGCUCCUAACUGCAUUGCUCAGUCUCUUAUUUCUUGUUUUUGGCUUUGAGAUCAGAUGUAGGUGUCGCCUGUUAUAUUGAUGCACUAUAGUGAUCUUAGCAAACGACUUAUUAGGCGUUUUUUAGUUAAACUGGAAUUGAUCUAUGGUGAAAAGACAUAUUUAAAACAAUAAUUAUGCACCUCCUGUUGACCUGUGAUGCCCAUUAUCUACAUGCAAGAGCAGAACUGGAGCUACAAUCAUGCUAGAAUUAUAUUUCUGCACGACACCUGACACUGAGCAUAAGAACUCUACAUUCUCCAUGAUGUGCUCUUAGCAAUCAAUUGCUUGGAUCGGUUAUAUGCUAUGCUUCCAUUGGAUUCUGAUUUGAUGGCACAUCAAAAUUACGUGGGUAAGUUGGUAGAAAAUACAUAGCCUCCCCAAAAAUUACUUCUAUUUCUAGAUGCGGCAUAUCAUUACAGCUUCAAAUUAAGAAGUCAUUUGAAUAAAGAGAUGUAUCUCUAACAUAUUGCCCUGUUGGUGGGUCUCAAAAAAUAUGUGGGGUACACUUGAUGUUCUUUCAUUUAUAUAUGGUUUUUGUUCUACAUUUUUGGGUGAUAUUCUUAGUGUACACACUUCAUCACUGCAUUAUCGUCUUAUAUUUUUCUACUGUGAUUCCCUAUUUCUGUAUAAACAGAAAUCUAGGUUGAAUUUGUAAGCGGAGGAAGUGUUUUUGUUGAUACACCAAAUCUAGGACUUGCGGCUUACCAUGACAAGUGUAACAACUUUUUCUCAUCUCUUUUUAUAUUGCCAAAUAUUUUCAUCUCUACAUGAUAGUUUUUUCUUCAUGGAAUGCCUCCUAAACUAGAAGACUAUCCUUAUGAGUUCAAUGUAAUACCAUAUGACCAACCGGUAGAAGCAUGUUUCUAUGAAGUUCAUUUACUUAUGUGAAUUUUCUUCAUUGUUGGGCUAAAUUAUCAUUUUUGGAAAACUAACCGAAAUGCAAUAGCAGCAACCGUUAGAACAUUUUGAUACAACUAUUUUUCUUGGGUUUCAUUUUGGAGAACAUGGUAACAUGCAAGAUAUGAGUAUUCUGAUGCCCAUUUAUGUUUUGAUAGGUAGCUGAAAAAUUCACCGAAGCGGAGAAUGGAAAGGGUAAUUGUUGAGGGUACUACUAUUUGGCUAUGAUGGUACUACUGUGGAGAAUUGAGGAGAAGAGGGUAAUUGAAGAUCCAUUUUGUGAUCUUACUGGUACAAAAUGAUGCUGACCGCGUGUCAUUUAUGUUGUUCAUGUCAAAUGUUUGGGUGGCUGUUCCCAGUAUUAAAAGCAUUCUCUUCUAUUAUUGAUGUUUCAAGUUCUGUAUAGAAGGGUUCUUAUAUGAGGAUGAUAGAUUUUUCUCUGUUAAGGAGUUAUCCCAUAGAUCUUUUCACCACAUAUUCUAUCUAAGAUUAAAGUUUAAGGCUGCUUAUGUAAAUGUCAAAUUGUAGAUACAUUAUAAGUUUUUAGAUUAGUUAUGUUUCCUCAAUACUGUCUCUGGUUGAUCUGAAUGCCACUCUUCUUUUACCAUCAAUAGUAGUACCACUUUUCAAAGAAAUGCGGCCACUUUUUUCUUGUAGUUGAAAGAAGAUGUUUGUUAUAA